AUGAUCAAUCAUCUUAGAACAAAAUACUGGGUUAUUGACGCUAAAAACCAAGUAAAGCAUUAUAUUCGCAAUUGUGUUAUUUGUAUUCGAUAUGCAAGUCAACGUAGAGAGCAACUGAUGGGACAAUUGCCAACAGCCAGAGUUACACCAAUGAGACCUUUCAAAAGAAGUGGCGUCGACUAUGCUGGUCCUAUUGCUAUAAGAACGUCCAAAGGACGUGGUCAUCAUGCAUAUAAAGGGUAUAUUUGUUUAUUCAUCUGCAUGGUGACUAGAGCAAUCCAUCUAGAAGUAGUAAGUGACCUUACUGCUCAAGGAUUCAUUGCUGCCUUUAAAAGAUUCGUAGCUAGAAGAGGACAUUGCGCAGAGCUUUUUAGUGAUAAUGGUACAAAUUUUGUGGGUGCAGAACGUGAAUUGAAGUCCUUAUUAUUUGCAGAAAAGUCUAGCUUAUUGCCAGAAAUAGCGAAUUGGUUAUCUACAAAUGGUACUGAAUGGCAUUUUAUCCCACCGCAUUCCCCCAACUUUGGAGGACUAUGGGAGGCUGGCGUAAAAUCCACUAAAUAUCACCUUAGACGGAUAAUCGGAACUUCUACACUUACUUUUGAAGAAAUGAGCACUCUCUUAUCUCAAAUUGAGGCUUGUCUAAAUUCGCGUCCAUUAUCAAGCUUAAGCUCAUCGGCUGAUGAUCCCGAGCCUUUAACACCAGGUCACUUCUUGAUUGGGGAGCCAUUAGUACUUGUACCAGAUGCAAACUAUGAAACGUCAAACAUGAGUAGCUUGAAACGAUGGCAGUUUAUGCAACGCAUGGUACAAGAUUUUUGGCGAAGGUGGUCUCAGGAGUAUCUUACACAAUUUUUACAUCGGUACAAAUGGAGUUAUCAAACGCCAGAACCAAAUAUUGGUGAUAUAGUACUAGUAAAGGAAGAUGAUCUUCCCCCUGCCAGAUGGUUGUAUGGAGUUAUAACUCAAAAGCACCCUGGGUUGGAUAAGAUUACGCGUGUUGUUACUUUAAAAUGUAAAGGGAAUAUAAUUAAGAGACCCGUCUCAAAGUUGUGUAUUUUACCUAUAGCUAAAUAG